CUGUAGGCGGUCACACUUUCCACAGACUCCCUCAUAUGAUUGACAAAUUAAUGUUAAAACUGACAAUUUAUUAGAGAAAAAUGAAUUUAAAAGCGGAAUUUGUGCUCUGUUUUGUGCUAAGCGCGGUAGCCGGCAGUUGGGGUUUCCUGGAGCAUGACAGUUGGGUCACAGUGGAGCUCCAACAUUCGCUGGUUGCCGAUUCGGACAGCUUUUCCUUCCGCGGGAAUGUGACAAUUCCAAGUCUGAACUCUGGAUUGGCCAAUGUGGACCAACCAGCGUUAAGCAAUGCCGAUCUGGAUUUGUUGAAGAAACUUGCCCUACAAAAUGAGUUUUACCGCUUGAGGGCUACUGUGGUCUAUUCAAAUGGAGCGAAGGCGCAGUUCCUCACCUCUAACAAGGCCUGUCGCCUGUUGCAAGCGCAGCUCAAUGACGUGCUGUGGGUGUCGCUUGAUCCCUCCGGAUACGUUACUGGCAUUACCGUCUCUCAGGACACGGUUCCAGCCACCGCUGAGUGCACCCAGGAGGAUGUUAAUAAACUGGUUGAAUCACAAUUCAGCACUGAUGUCCUGAUCCGCCACGCUGAAUUGGCGCCCGUACCAGAUACCGCUGGCUUCAUUCAGAAGGUGGAGCGGGAACGCGAAGCCAGGGAGCGAGGCGAAGUUCGUGAUAACCGGGGUUUCUUUGCCAAAUACUGGAUGUACAUCGUUCCGGUGGUCCUGCUCGUAUUCAUUUCAGGAGCUACCAACCAAGACGGUGCGAAAUAAGUUUACCUGUAUUUAUUUGGUGCACAUUUUUUGUUCCCUAGCAUUUUUAAAUACAAUUCCUAGGCAAUUCUGGAUUCACCAAGUCAUAGCAAUUAAAAAGUAUGGAAAUUAAAUAAAUUGAUUAAAUAUAUUGAUACAAA